AUGACACAGCAAAUGCAGAAUUUAAGUCUCCUCCAGAGUAAAAAGAACAGUAUGCCAUCUUCUCCAAAUGCUGCAAAGCGAUUGUAUCGGAACCUGUCAGAGAAGCUGAAGGGGAGCCACACGUCCUUUGAUGAAGCAUAUUUCCGAGCGCGCUCGGACCGGCUCAGUCUCCGUAAGACCUCGAUGAAUUUCCAGUGCAAUGAAGCUAUGUUUGAGGCCGUAGAACAGCAAGAUCUGGAUGCUGUUCAGAUCCUUCUCUAUCAAUACACACCAGAGGAACUGGACCUGAAUACUCCAAACAGUGAAGGACUUACUCCUUUGGAUAUUGCUGUUUUAACUAACAACAUCCCUAUUGCUAGGACUCUUCUACAUGUUGGGGCAAAAGAAAGCCCACACUUUGUUAACAUGGAAAGCAGGUCAGUGCAUCUGUGUACAUUGGUCCAGGAAGCACAGCAGCGAGUUACUGAAUUGUCUGCACAAGUGAUGAAUGAAGGCCUUGGUACAGACAACACAGAAAAAGAGAAGCAACUAAAAGCAUGGGAAUGGAGAUACAGGCUAUACAAGCGCAUGAAGGCAGGCUACGAGCAUGCUAGAGCCCCUGAGGCGCCAACCAAUGUCUGUCUCAUGGUAACAAGCAGUACAUCACUCACUGUCACCUUCCAAGAACCUCUGAGUGUCAACUCAGCUGUGGUGACCAAGUAUAAAGUGGAAUGGAGUUGUUCAGAAGACUUUUCUCCUUUGGUUGGUGAAAUAAUCCUGGAUAAUCUUCAGUCUUUGAGAUGCACCAUCACAGGUCUCAGAACAGGCCAGAGGUAUUACAUUCAUGUUUCAGCAUACAAUAUGAGAGGAUGGGGACCUCCACGAAGAUCUACUCCUGCAUAUGCUUCUCCUUCAAACUGGAAAGACUGCAGUGGAAGAGAGCCUCGGCACAGGGGACAUAGUGAGGCCCUGGAACGUCUCCUUCAGCAGGUUCGAGCAGCUCAUCAGCAUUAUAAUUGCAGAGAAAGUUCCAAAUUACAGAACACUGGCCGCAAGCAGUCCGUCUCCAGAAGCCUGAAGCACCUUUUUCAUUCAUCAAACAAGUUUGUGAAGACUCUGAAACGGGGACUCUACUUAUCUGUCAUAUUUUUUUACAAAGACAAUCUGUUGGUAACCAAUGAAGAUCAGAUCCCAAUUGUGGAAAUUGAUGACUCUCACAGUAGUUCAAUUAUGCAGGAUUUCCUGUGGUUCACAAAGUUGUCUUGUAUGUGGGAUGAUAUCAGAUGGCUGAGGCAGAAUAUGUCUGUAUCCAUCUCCUCAUCAACAACACUUCAAGCCAGGCAAAAGAUGCUUUCUGCAGCAGCACAGCUCCAGAACUUGCUGGGAACUCACAACCUCGGCAGAGUUUUUUAUGAGCCAAUCAAGGAUCGGCAUGGCAAUGUAUUGAUUGUUACUAUAAGAGAAGUGGAGAGUCUUUAUUCAUUUUUUAAUGGCAAAUGGAUGCAGGUAUCCAAACUACAAAGCCAGAGGAAAUCCCUUUCAACGCCAGAGGAGCCAACAGCAUUAGACAUUUUGCUUAUAACAAUCCAGGACAUACUCUCCUAUCACAAAAGAAGUCAGCAACGCCUCCCUCCUGGAUUGUAUCUGGGUUACCUUAAACUCUGCAGUUCUGUGGAUCAAAUCAAAGUCCUUGUGUUGCAGAAGUUGCCUAAUGUCCUCUGUCAUGUCAAAAUCCGAGACAACAGCAAUGUCUCCAGAGAUGAGUGGGAAUGGAUCCAAACACUUUCUGGCUCAGAAUCUGUGGAAAGUAUGGAUCAUACUUCAGACUGCCCUACUCAAUUGUUCUUGUAUGAGCUCCAGAUGGCAGUGAAAGCUCUCCUUAAACAGAUCAAUCUACCUCUGCAUCAGGCUAAGCACUUCCGUCUGUAUACACAGGAGGUGUUGGAACUGGGUCACAAUGUCUCCUUUCUUCUCCUGCUCCCCGCCUCAGACGACGUCUGCACUGCCCCAGGACAGAAUAAUCCUUACACCCCACACUCAGGAUUUCUUAACCUCCCUCUUCAGAUGUUUGAACUCGUUCAUUUUUGCUGUUACAAGGAAAAAUUUAUAAGCCUGUAUUGCCGCCUUUCUGCUGUCAUAGAGCUGGACUCUCUGAAAACCCAGCAGUCCCUGAGGGAAGCAAUUUCAGACAGUGAAGUCGCUGCAGCCAAACAAAGACACCAGCAAGUUAUGGACUGCAUACAGCAAGUUGAUGAGAUCUGGAGGGAAAUGAGAUGGAUCACAGAAGCACUGCAGUACGCAAGGUACAAGCAGCCUGCAGCUGGGCUACCAAUAAAGAAACUUGUGAAUCUUUCAGAAGAACACUCUCAAAAGAAAGUCAGUUCAACGUCUUCACAUCUAGAUUGUCUUCCCUCACCUCCUUCCUCACCUGAGGCUAGAAGUCAGAGGAGAAAAGCUGUAAGCGAUUCCCAGCCCUGCUCAGAUGAAGAAGGCUGUUCAGAAGUAUUCCUUCCCACUGAUAGUGACUACGAUUCCAGUGAUGCAUUAAGCCCCAGAGAAUUAGACUUGAUUUACUCCUCCCCACACGACAUAUCCCAGCAGGCAGGCAGUGGCCUGGGCGGUAGUGCCCCUGAUGUUCUCCAAGUCCACGACGUGAAGCCUUGCCUAACACUGAAAGAAGGCCUGACAGAGUGUAGUGCCUUUGAUUCUAAUGCUGAAUAUUGCACAGAGGAUAUGAGCAAUCUAACGAUGUCAGGGAUCACAUCAAAAAGCAUAGACAAGUCCUCUAGCUCCAGGCAGCCAUUGAGCUUUUUAGGGAAAAAGAGACUAGGGAAACAUCAGCAUUACAACUACUUCAGCAAGCAUCAUCGUUGGCUGCGUGUGCACAGCGAGACACAGUCUGCCUCUCUGUCUGAAGGUGUGUAUACUCAGCAUCUCAUGAGAUCUUCAGAUUUAUCUCAAGAACCUACCUCCAGUGAGCAGUUACAGCUUCCCAUCGGCGAGUCACGGAGCACUUUCUUACCUCAUGCAUCCAGCCUUCCAGAAGAUGGAAAAGGCAAGUAUGAGGAAGCGAGGCAAAAUGUCCAUAGGAUACACGUGGAACCUUAUAAAACAACAUUUCUGAGUGAAGAGGGCAAAUCCUGGGCAGUGAGCAUGCAGUCUGUAGAAAAUGAGGAUGUGCACAGUGCUAUGCAACAGAAAAUGGGUUCAGAUGAUGCUGUGGGUUCUGCUGUCUCAGAAGUAUUCAGCAGCACACUGUAA